UCUCUCUCUCUCUCUCUGUGCGAGAGAGAAAUAUAGAGACGACCAUCCACAUCUGGGAAUAUUUCCCCUUCUUUUUCACUUUGGUUUAGGUUUCAUAGUCUAGGUGAUGGAAAAUUGGAAGCUGUGCAUGUGAUUCUGGGUUGAAUUGUCUCUUGAGUUUAUUGGGCGUGAACAUGAACAUGGCGAGCUCUUGGAAAGAAUGGCUGAGGAGACUCUACGUGGUCUCUGCAUUUUGUUCAGCACUCUGUUUGGGCGCUCUGAAAAGUUUACUGGUUGGUCCAGUUGCUGCUCUAAUACUGAUAGCAGGAAAUGUUGGGGUGAUUUUGGGUCUGUUUCCGCUGCAUGUGUCCUGGACAGUCUACACCCUGGUCAAGGCUAAAAGUUUGUAUGCACCGCUGAAACUAGCUUUCUCCUUUGCUCUGCCGGCUCUGUUGGGGAUUUGGUUGGGCCUGAGCAUAGCUGGAAGUGUUCUUGUGGGAGUGGGCUAUGGCUUCUUCACUCCCUGGAUUUCUUCCUUUGAGGCCUUCAGGCAUGAUGAUGACUCCAACAAGUUCUUCCACUGCAUUGUGGAUGGAACUUGGAGUACUAUCAGAGGAAGCUGCACUGUGGUCCGAGAUUUCGCCGACAUUUGCUACCACUCCUACCCUCUCUACUUGAAGGAAUUGCGAGAAGCCCCGCCUUCCAACCAGCUUCAACCUCUUAGGUUUAUGGAUGUCCCUGGGUGUAUAAUUGUUGGGCUGAUGGGACUAGUGGUUGAGAUUCCUCUCUACACGGCGAUCGCCAUUGUGAAGAGUCCAUUCAUGUUGUUCAAGGGCUGGAUUCGGUUGAUACAUGAUCUGAUCAGCCGUGAAGGCCCGUUUCUUGAAACGGCUUGCAUCCCGGUUGCUGGUCUGACAAUACUUAUGUGGCCGCUCGUCGUUCUUGGCAGCAUCGUAUUGGCUAUUUUCUCAAGCUUCUUCAUAGGACUUUAUGGAUCAGUUGUAGUAUACCAGGAAAGGUCUUUCAAAAGAGGAGUUGCUUAUGUGAUUGCAAUGGUUGCAGUAUUCGACGAGUACACAAAUGAUUGGCUCUAUCUCCGAGCAGGAUCCAUGCUCCCAAAGCCCCGGUACAGAAAGAAGAAGGUGGCAAACUUAACAGAGAUCAGUAGUGCUGGAGAGAAUCAGUCGCCCGAAGUCAAAAUUAGCGCUGUUUUAACAGAAGCACCCGCAAUGAUCAUGCCGAGACUGACAUCUUCUAGAUCAGUGAGAGAGGCAAUUCAAGAAGUGAAAAUGGUGCAGGUAUGGGGGCACAUCAUGAGGUCAUGCGAGAUGAGAGGCAAAGAACUACUAGAUGCCAAUGUAAUAAAAACGGCUGACCUCUACGAUUGGCUGAGAGCGAAAAACAGCAACGAUGCAGGAGGCAUUGUCGGGGUGGGUCUGCCUUGUUAUUCGUUCUUGCAGACUCUGCUUGCCUCCAUAAAGGCGAGAUGCGAUGGCCUCUUGCUCCUCGAUAAUCUUGUGGUCAACCAUCUGAACCGACCCCAGGACAGAUUGUUGGACUGGUUCUUCCAUCCUAUAAUGCUCCUGAAGGAGCAGAUCAGGGUCAUAGAGCUGGAAGAAGGGGAGAUCAGGUUCCUGGAGAAAGCUGUUCUCCUGGGAAGCAACCUCGAAAGAAUGGAGGGCUGGAAAAAUGGGAGCUUGGUGCCUCAAGAGGCUGUCAGAGCCGCGCAAAUCCAGGGAAUCAGCAGAAGAAUGAUGGGAAUGACAACAAGCAUAUCCAAGUUCCCCACGUACAGGAGGAGAUUCAAGCAACUAGUGAAGGGCCUGAUUGUGUAUUCCAUGGAGAAGGAGGGGGGCUGCCACCGAAACAAUUCUGUGCACUCUGUUUGAAAUUAUUAAUUAUAUAUAUUAUUUGUGCUUAGAAUUAAAACAGUAAGAGAGCAGCCUCUGUAAAUUCUUCAUCCAGAUAGGGAGGCAUUUAUUUUCUUGGUUUUAAGGCUUUUUGUCUGCAGAUCAGUUCAAUGUUUGUUUGUUUGUGUGAUCAAAGCCUAUAUAUAUACAACAAACAGAAUAGUUUGUUCGGCCUUACUA